AUGUCUGCCGGUGGUGCCGCUAAUGGUGUUAUUUUACUGCAACCUCAGGAGGGGAAGAAAAACGAGCUGGAGCAAUAUCUGAGUAAAAAUUUGACGGAUAUUCGUGAAAAUGUGCCAGGAGUUCUUAUCGCAUUUCACUUCUGGGCUGAGGAAAAGAAUCAAUUUGUUGUAGUUGAGAGCUUCGAAUCAACGGCGGCCAUGUUCGAAUACGGCAACAGCAUGUAUCACGAGGGAUUAGUGUCGAAGGUUGUUGACCUGGCUAUAACUCCGAUUGAGGCUUUAUCUGAUCAAGACACUUCUCAAGAACUCAAAGACUUCCGUAAAACUAGCCAGGCCGUUCAUUUCAAUUUUUAAUCCAAAGGUCAAACGAGAAUUUAAGAUAUGAACGAAAGUUCCCCAAAUCUAGAGCAAUUUCUAGCCUAAUUUCGAUUUUUU